AUGAGUCAGUCGGGAGAUGUAGAAAAAGUUCCGGUGUCCUUUGCCUGCCAAAGAUGUUUACAACCGAUAUUAUUAGAUGAAAAUCUGGAAAAUAUAAGUGUUCAUGCAAGGGCAGAAUUAUCGUUACCCAUAUAUGCCAGCAAUGUCAAUACCUUAGACAAUCAGGACAAUAGUUUUGAUCAUUUUGUACCACCCUAUCGUUUGACGGAUUCAAUAAAUGGUACUGGGUUUAUGCUCGUGUCCGAUGGUCGAGAUAACAAGAAGUGGAGUGCAGCCUUUAAAUUGAAAGCUGAACUAUUCGAUUCGUUGUCCUCCAAUUCGGAAAUUGAUCAUCCACUGUGUGAAGAAUGUGCCGACUCCAUGCUGGAAAUCAUGGAUAGGGAAUUGAAAAUAGCCGAAGAUGAAUGGAGUGAUUAUAAGAAUUAUCUCAAGCAAUUGGAACAGCAGCAGGAUUGCCCAAAUAUCACAGAAUUGGAAAAGGAAUUGGCCGAGUUAAAAGAAAAUGAACAAUCACUGUUGAAUCAGUUGAACGAACUGAAGGUGGAGGAGCAAAGUCUAAAUGAGGCCAUUGAAAAAGAGGAGGGAGAGAAGCAAAAACUUCAAGAACAAGAAGCCAGCUAUUGGCGUGAAUAUACCAAACAUCGCAGGGAGUUAAUGUUAACCGAGGAUGAUAAACGUAGCCUGGAGUGUCAAAUUGCCUAUGCCGAACAGCAAUUGGAGAAGUUGAAAGAUGCAAAUAUUUUCAAUAUUACAUUCCAUAUAUGGCAUGCUGGACAUUUUGGUACCAUAAAUAACUUUCGAUUGGGCCGGCUGCCCUCGGCCUCCGUUGAUUGGUCGGAAAUUAAUGCCGCAUGGGGACAAACUGUGCUGCUGCUAUGUGCUUUGGCGCGAAAAAUUGGACUGACAUUUGAACGAUAUCGUAUUGUCCCAUUUGGCAAUCAUUCAUAUGUUGAAGUAUUGGGGGAGAAUCGUGAAUUACCCUUGUAUGGUACGGGUGGUUUUAAAUUCUUUUGGGAUACAAAAUUUGAUGCAGCCAUGGUAGCAUUCUUGGAUUGCCUAACACAAUUUCAACAGGAAGUAGAAAAGAGGGAUCCAGAAUUCCUAUUGCCCUACAAAAUGGAAAAGGGUAAAAUUAUAGACCCCUCCACGGGGAAUUCAUAUUCAAUAAAAAUCCAAUUCAAUUCGGAGGAGCAGUGGACAAAGGCCCUUAAAUUUAUGCUUACAAAUCUUAAAUGGGGUCUAGCCUGGGUGUCCUCACAAUUUGCAAGUAAUCAAUAGUGUGAUA